CUGUUGGAAAACUCACGACUACCAAGGCUCCUUUUUAAAAGAAAAAAAAGAAGAAAAGCUGUUCAUGAAGUAAAUAAAAUGCGCUACGUUUAUGGAGAAUUUCAUCAACUGUAUCCUCAACUGCGACAAGAUUCUGCAAGAUUUUUCGAGUUUUUGAGAAUGUCAAUUGAAACAUUUGACUAUAUAUUAACGAAAAUAAAAGAUAGACUGCGGAAAAAAAUCACUAAUUUUAAAUCACCAGUUUCUCCAGAAGAAAAACUGUACGUUACGAUAAGGUAUCUAUCUACGGGACUUUCCUUCAUAAAUCUUGCCACUACAAUAAGAAUGGGAGUAUCCACCCUAAGUUAUAUUAUACAUAACACAUGCAUUACGAUAUGGGAAGAAUUAGUUGAUGAAUUUAUGCCUACUCCACGUCUAGAACAAUUGAGAAAUAUCGCUGAAGAUUACCGAAAAAGAUGGAACUUUCCUAACUGCAUCGGAGCAAUUGAUGGAAAACAUUGUCAGAUAAAAUGUCCUUCUGGCAGUGGCUCUACCUACUUUAACUAUAUGAAAUAUUUCUCUAUUUUAUUACAGGGUGUUGCUGAUGCUAACAAGAAAUUUAUUGCAAUAGAAGUUGGUGCAAGAGGAAAACAAAGUGAUGGGGGAGUAUUUGCUUCAUCAAUAUUAUUUAAUCUUAUUGAAAAUAACAAUUUCAACAUACCACCACCCAAAGAACUACCAAACAUCAACAUUAAAGUACCUCAUGUCCUCGUAGGGGAUGAAGCAUAUCCCCUAAAAUCGUAUUUAAUGAGACCAUUUCCUAGUAGAAAUCUAAAUCCCUUAAAAGAAAAUUUUAAUAAACGGCUAUCAAGUGCAAGAAAAUGUAUAGAAUGUACGUUUGGAAUAUUGAGAGCAAAAUGGCGCAUAUUAGGAAAAGACAUUGAAGUACAGCCAGAUAAAGCUAUUGCAAUUAUUAAAUGUACAUGUCCAUUGCACAAUGUAGUUAGAGAAAGGGAUGGAGAUAAUGAUCCUGAUUAUUUUAAUAUAGUUACUGAUUCUUCUAAUAAUACAAAAAUACAAAACAGUAAUUUUUCACCAACUACAGACCAUGGGGCACGAAGAUCCACAAAUGAAGCAAAAGAAAUAAGGGACACGUUGGCAAAUUAUUUUUUAGAGAAUUAAAAAUAUUACUUUGGUAUUUUUCAGAAAGAUAUUACGUUUUUGUUUAACUUAUUCACCUAUUAAAAUUCUUAUUAAAUUAGCCAUAUAUUAUUUCUUUU